GAACUGGGGACGGACGCCUGAGGCAUCCUCAGAGCUUGACUUCUGCGCCCAGACGGUGCAGAUCUAGGGCACCGUGAUUCGACUGCCAGCCGUGUUGGAGAGCGCUGCUGACUCUGUCUCAGUCUGGCAAUAUCUAAAUUAUUUGGGACACCUCCUGGUGGUUGGCCACUGCUCCUCAAGAGUUAUUGAUCUAUGAAAUGGCAGAGAAUGGAAAAAAUUGUGACCAGAGACGUGUAGCAAUGAACAAGGAACAAUAUAAUGGAAACUUCACAGACCCCUCUUCAGUGAAUGAAAAGAAGAGGAGGGAUCGAGAAGAAAGACAGAACAUUGUCCUGUGGAGACAGCCACUCAUUACCUUGCAGUAUUUUUCUCUGGAAACCCUAGUAAUCUUGAAGGAAUGGACCUCAAAAUUAUGGCAUCGUCAAAGCAUUGUGGUGUCUUUUUUACUGCUGCUUGCUGUGCUUACAGCUACGUAUUAUAUUGAAGGAGCACAUCAACAGUAUGUGCAACGGAUAGAGAAACAGUUUCUUUUGUAUGCCUACUGGAUAGGCUUAGGAAUUUUGUCUUCUGUUGGGCUUGGAACAGGGCUGCACACCUUUCUGCUUUAUCUGGGUCCACAUAUAGCUUCAGUUACAUUAGCUGCUUAUGAGUGCAAUUCAGUUAAUUUCCCUGAACCACCUUAUCCUGAUCAGAUUAUUUGCCCAGAUGAAGAGGGCACUGAAGGAACCAUUUCUUUAUGGAGCAUCAUCUCAAAAGUUAGGAUUGAGGCCUGCAUGUGGGGUAUCGGUACAGCAAUUGGAGAGCUACCUCCAUAUUUCAUGGCCAGGGCAGCUCGCCUCUCAGGUGCUGAACCGGACGAUGAAGAGUAUCAGGAAUUUGAAGAAAUGCUGGAACAUGCAGAGACUGCGCAAGAUUUCGCCUCCCGGGCUAAACUGGCAGUUCAAAAUCUAGUACAGAAGGUUGGAUUUUUUGGAAUUUUGGCCUGUGCUUCAAUUCCAAAUCCUUUGUUUGAUCUGGCUGGAAUAACAUGUGGACACUUUCUUGUACCUUUUUGGACUUUCUUUGGUGCAACCCUGAUUGGAAAAGCAAUAAUUAAAAUGCAUAUCCAGAAAAUCUUCGUUAUCGUAACAUUCAGCAAACACAUAGUGGAGCAGAUGGUGGCUUUCAUUGGUGCUGUCCCCGGCAUAGGUCCAUCUCUGCAGAAGCCAUUCCAGGAAUACCUGGAGGCCCAGCGGCAGAAGCUUCACCACAGACGCGAAAUGGGCACACCGCAGGGAGAAAACUGGUUGUCCUGGAUGUUUGAGAAGUUGGUUGUUGUAAUGGUGUGUUACUUCAUCCUGUCCAUCAUUAACUCCAUGGCACAAAGUUAUGCCAAACGAAUCCAGCAGCGGUUGGACCCAAAGGAGAAAACCAAAUAAGCAGGAAAAGUUUUUACCUGCAGAAAUUAAAAUGGAAGGGUUCUGCCUUAAAAUGGGAGGACUCCAGAUCAGGAAGGAAAAUUCCCUUUUCCAACCUGCACCAGUUUUAAUUCCCCCCCAACCCCCCGCCCCCGCAAGCAGUUUAAUCCACAUCUUGCACUGACAUACUUUUCCUUUGUUAAGGUAAGGUAUCCACCCUCAGUUCAAUCCAAGUUGUAUUUUGUUAGGAUGGAAUGUGAUGUUCAGCAGCAAAGUUAACAGAAACUGGCCUUCUAUUUGUUACUUUCAAAGGCCCACGUGGUACAAUUAAAGAAUUCCGACCGCCGCCCCCCCCCAAAAAAAAAAUUCCUAAGUAUGUUAAAUAUUUCAAGCUUUUUAGGCUUGUCAAAUAUGACUUCUUUGUGUUUCUAAGUCAUCAAAAGUGUAUAUAAGUUAUACUAGAUUGGAUAACAGUCUUGCAUGUCUAUCAUGAUAAAAUUUAAUAUGCCAUCCUGCCCAACCCUUCCUCUCCCACCUUCGAAAAAAGGCCAUUUUAUGAUGCAUUGCACACCCUCUUGGGAAACUGAUCUUUCAAUUGUGAGACAGUAUAAGGAAAAUCUUGGUGUCUUACAAAUGAGCUGACACCAUUUUUUAUUCUGUAUAUUUAGAAUGAAGUCAUGAAAAAACUUUAUAAAUACAUCUUUGAUCAUUCCAAAA